AACGUAGAGGAGGAACUAAUGGUAAUUUGAACUAAUCUUUUUGCCCUGACAAGAAAACCAAAUACCAACCUGUUUUCAGUCCUGGGUUUCGAUUUCCUAUGUUUUUGUUUUUGUGCUCUCUCAAAUCUUCCUUCUCCUAAACUUUGCACACAAAGCAAGAAACAGAGAGAGAGAGAGAGAGUCUCAUCUCUCCAUUGGCUAUUUCUGUAAAAUGCAACUACCAUUUUCCUUUUGUUUUUUUGUCUCUUAUGGGUUUUUAAUUUGACUUUUGUUUUUGAUAACCUUGUUCAUGUUAUCUCCCUCUCUCUCUCUCUGAAAUCAAGUUGUGGGUUUUAUCAAUCUCAGAUCAAAUAUCUAGGGUUUUCUCGGAUCUCUCUGUUCAUGUCAUCAAUUUAAGUAAUUCCCUCCUCCGUAUACGAAAUUAGGCAAUUCCUCAAGUGGGUUUUUUUUUUCUUGCUUUGUUGAUGAAUCCUGAGGUAGGAGUUUGGAUUUUAAGAGCCUUACAUGCGCAGCCUCGUUUGAUUUUUCUUUUUUUAAUUUACUAAUUUGACUAGGCUUCUGUUGCCUAGCUGUGAAAAAUGUAUUGAAUUUGAGGUGUUUAAAAGGUGGAGACUUUGGAUUUUUUUGGGUGGGAAUAGAUUAGGAUUAGUGUUGGGGUUUGGGUUUUGGCUUAGCAGCAGAAAUGAUCAAACAAAUACUGGGUAAGCUACCUCGAAAACCCUCAAGAUCAUCGAGUAACGACUCAAACAAUGAUGGUGGACUCAAUGCCCACUCGUCUUUGAACUCAUCCCACGGAGCGAAUUCCAUUAACAACUCAAAGCCCUCUUCCAAUUCAUCCAAAACUUCGAAUCCGAGUUUGGGCGCUUCACGCUUGAACAAUGGGAUCCUGGCACCGAAUAGCAAGAUGAAUCAAGGGAAAAAGUCAGCUCCCCAGUUGGGUCCUGUGAUGAUUUCUGGGGUUUAUGAGGCAUUGCCUAGCUUUCGUGAUGUUCCUAAUUCAGAGAAGCCGAAUCUCUUUAUUAAGAAGGUGAACAUGUGUUGCGUUGUGUUUGAUUUUAGUGAUCCCUCUAAGAAUCUAAAAGAGAAGGACAUUAAGAGGCAGACUUUACUUGAGCUUGUUGAUUAUAUUUCAACUGUGACUUCAAAGUUCAAUGAGAUGGCAAUGCAAGAAAUUACAAAGAUGGUGGCAGCCAAUUUGUUCAGAACACUUCCAUCUGCAAACUAUGAUAACAAGAUUCUAGAAAUGUUUGAUCCCGAAGAUGAAGAGCCAGCUAUGGAGCCGGCUUGGCCUCAUCUUCAGAUUGUUUAUGAGUUUCUGCUUAGAUUUGUGGCUUCAUCAGAAACUGAUGCCAAGCUUGCCAAGAGAUACAUUGACCAUUCGUUUGUUCUGAGACUGCUGGACUUAUUUGAUUCUGAGGACCAAAGAGAGAGGGAGUAUUUGAAGACGAUACUCCACCGCAUUUAUGGGAAGUUCAUGGUACAUCGACCAUUCAUUAGGAAGGCUAUCAACAAUAUCUUUUACAGAUUCAUUUUCGAGACAGAGAGGCAUAAUGGGAUUGCAGAAAUGCUUGAGAUAUUGGGAAGCAUUAUUAAUGGGUUUGCUCUGCCAUUGAAGGAAGAGCACAAGCUUUUUCUUGUCCGUGCCUUAAUUCCACUUCACAAGCCAAAGUGUGUAUCGAUGUAUCAUCAACAACUGUCAUAUUGUAUCACUCAAUUCGUGGAGAAAGAUUUCAAGCUGGCUGAUACUGUAAUUCGAGGUCUCUUAAAGUAUUGGCCCAUAACUAAUAGUUCCAAGGAAGUUAUGUUUCUUGGUGAGUUGGAGGAGGUCUUAGAGGCUACUCAGGCAGCAGAAUUUCAGCGGUGCAUGGUUCCUUUAUUCCAUCAAAUUGGACGCUGCCUCAACAGCUCACAUUUUCAGGUUGCAGAACGUGCAUUGUUUUUGUGGAACAAUGAUCACAUAAGAAAUUUGAUCACGCAGAAUCGCAGAGUGAUACUGCCUAUAAUCUUCCCAGCUUUGGAGAGAAACACAAGGGGGCAUUGGAACCAAGCUGUUCAGAGUUUGACCCUGAAUGUCAGGAAGAUAUUCUCCGAUGCUGAUCAGGAACUUUUUGAUGAGUGCUUGGUCAAAUUCGAAGAAGAUGAAGUGAAGCAGAUGGAGACACGGGAGAAAAGAGAAUUAACUUGGAAGCGGUUGGAAGAUUUGGCAACCUCUAAGGCUGUAAGCAAUGAGGCCGUGCUUGUCUCAAGUUCUGUCUCGUCUAUUGCCAUUGCCACUGGAACAAGUCCUCGGACCACUGCAGGUGGUUGAGAGCCUUGACUAGUGUAAAUUAUGAGCUUACCCUCAUGAAGGAAUAUAAGGUGAGACCUGCGAUGUAGGAAUUGUUCAGCCUCACUUCCCAUAGUUCUCUCAUUAGUCCAUACCUGAACAAUGCGGAAAGUGAAUGUUCGGAAUUGAGACACUGAGGUUACUCACCUUUUCGGUUCUAUGCUUGCUCCGUUUUCUUCUUUUCAUCCAUGAAAAUGUAAUUGUGUGUAAUAUAAAGGAUUUGAUUCAUAGAGGUAGCGCUUCUUUGCAUUUCCUACCUGAUAAAAUUUAUUUGCUGUAAUGAUGCAAAGAAGAUUGUUCCUUCUAUGCUUCGACUUUGAUGACUUUCUUAAAAUUAUUAGUUCUUUUAAA